ACUGUCGUGUUCCACAGUCAGGGAAAUACCACAGACAGAACUGGUGCAAGCUGGAGUUUAUGUUUGUUCAGGACCUGAGACGGGGGCGUUACAAGAAGAUAGGAAGCUGCAGGGGCAUGUCCUCCGCUCUGCAGAGAUCCAGAUAUGUCAGCUGGUGUGGAUCUGCAGAAUCUCCAACACCUGUGACUACGGUUCUGACAGCAGGAGAAGCAGUUUCUCACCAGAACCAUCAGCCGGCUGGUUCAAGAUCAGUCCCACUUCUCCUUCUGUCUGCUCUGCACCACAGUGACAAAGCCCCUAACAGUCAUGGUGAUAAGGGUGAAAACAAAGACAGUGAGGAAGGAAGACCCGGGAACAAAGACGACCGGUCUCUUCUGCAUCCAGAUGACAAAAGUUUCCUCCUUCCCAGGAGCAGUCCGGUCAUCUCCAGAAACCCCAGGCCCAUCUCCUGGCAUGGACGGGGGACCAACAUGUCUGCUUGCUCAAGCUUGGACUCCCCAGCUCCUGCUUCGGGUUCAGUCACCAGUAUGGAGGAUCUGGGGUUCCAACGGAGCUCCUGCCCCCACUCAUCUCCGCUCCAGGAGGAAAAGAAGCCGCGCAGCAUCUCUCUUUCAUCACAACUGAACCGCCUCCUGAGCGCUGGGCUCCACCUUCCCUUCAGUGGACAGCAGGGAUUGGCUGAGGAGCACAGAGGGCGGGGCUGUGAUACCCCUCACUCAUCAGGCCUCUCAACCCCAACACAACACAGUAAAGAGAGAAGGUGCAGUGGUAUCCCAGAAUUCUCUGCAGAUAUCUUUAAGACCAGUAGUGAGCUGGAAAAGGAAAAUGCACAUUUCAUCGUGGUGGACAUGGUGCUGGAGGUGCUGGAAGGCGUGAAGUGGACUCUCACUUCCACGAUGGAAACACACGGCAGCAUGUGCACAUGCGGACACACGAGCUCGGCAGAGGACGCGCCGCCACAUGAACACGAUCAGAGAUACGAAACAUGCGAACACUCACACACCUGCAGUACAGAUGAUCAUGAACAACACAACAACAAACACAGCCAUUCAGAUGAUGAUGUGAAGACAUCACACACAGAGACACACUCCUCUUAUGUACACACACACCAGCACACACAGGAUGAAGAAGAAGAGGACGCAGGGAACGACCGAGCUGAACAUCAACCAAAGACUUUCUCUGUCCUCUCCACUGACAGUGGAUUUGAAGACUGCGGAGUUGACGCUACGCUGACACUGAAAGAUUCUCUCAGAAGUGCGGAGUGGCUGGCCCAGCAUCUGGUCCUGGAGUUCAGAAGGAGCUGGCUUCCCUCCCAUGGGCCUCGGCGUGGACGGCAAAGCCUCCGUAGCUCACUGCAGGAGUUGCCAGGUACUGGAAAGGUGGCGGUUAGCAGCAGCAGCUUUGCAGAGGAGAUCAGACUGAGGACCCGGAUGAGAGGAUCCUUGAGCUGGGCUCCACCACGCUUCCAGAUCAUCUUCACUAUUCAGCCAACCCACAGACGCAGUGAAGUAGUGGCUUUGCAAAAGUUCCUGUGUGCAGGCUGUGGGACAGAGGUAGAGCCCAAGUACAUCAAGAAACUGCGGUAUUGUGAAUACCUCGGCAGGUAUUUCUGUGACUGCUGCCACAGCGGCUCUGAGGCUGUGAUUCCGGGUCGACUUCUGUCCAGCUGGGACUUUGGCAGGUACCCCGUGAGUGAUUUCUCCAAACAGUUGCUGGAUUCAGUUUGUCACCAGCCUCUGUUUGACCUGACCUGCGUUGGUAAGACACUCUACAGCAAAGUGAAAGAGCUGGACAAGUUCAGGGAGCUCCAGGAACAGCUGCUGGGCAUCAAGAAGCUGCUGAAAGCUUGCAGGUUUUCUGGAAGAGUGAUGACUGAGUUUGAACAGCUUCCUGCUCACCUGACGGAGCAGCCACACCUCUUCUCCAUGGACGACCUCUUGAGGGUGAAGAAGGGUCAGCUCGUGACGCAGGCCAAAGCAUUGCUGAACUCCGCUAUCGACCAUGUGGAAAACUGCAAUGUGGGUCUGAAGCACUGUGUGAGUUGUGUCUGGCCCGAGGUUUCAUCUGCGAGUUCUGCCGAGAAAGAGACGUCAUCUUUCCAUUUCAGAGUGACAUAUGUAGGCGAUGUCCAGUGUGCAAGGCCUGCUUUCACAAACAAUGUUUCGUGGAAAAGAAGUGUCCGAAGUGCGCAAGGAUCCAAUCGCGGAAAAAACGUCUAGAUGGAUCCGUGAAUUGACAUCUGAUCAGCUGCAGCUCAGCACCGUGGCGGUCCAUUUAUCACCCUUUGUAUUUAACACACUCUCACAUAAAAACACUGAUGUACAUAAAAUGUAAAUAAAUAAAUGACUUUUUUAUACGGA